AUGGUCGAGGAUAUCGAUGAGGAGGUUGUGUUCGAGAACUCUCCGCUCUUUCAGUAUUUACAAGACUUAGGCCACACAGACUUUGAGGCAUGUUGUCCCGUGUCUCAGGCGGAGAAGCUGAGUGCUGGUGGAGAGGAGACACCACUUCCCCAGGACAUUCUCCCCACUCCCAAACGAGGUGGCAUUUGGAAGCUGGUUGAUGCUAUGCACAGUCUGAAUCCAUUACGACAGCACAUUGGUCCCCACAAAGAGCAACGCCAACUGGACACAGAGUUUCGUCAGUACUCCCUGCGUUGUAUCCUGUCCCAGGACGUGCUGUUACAGGAGGAUGUGGAACUGAUUGAGCUUUUGGAUCCCAGCGCUCUCCCCAUUGGCUCAAACUCCACUGUCUGCCCCAGUGCUGCUAGCGUUCUCCCUGCGCCCCGCUACUUCUCCCCCCCCUCUGCCUGGGACCUCUCUGUAUUGGUUGGACUGGUGGCAGUCUUACUGGCCGUGUGGUGCACAUGUGUAGAGAGUGAACAGGUUGUCCUGUGGAUAGGCGUGUGCAUCGUUGGUGUUUUGUGUGCAUGCCGUGCUAUGUUUCUGUGGCAGAAGGCGGGGCUACAGCGUUAUGUCCAAUCACAAGCCGUCCAGCUGGAACAGAUCGUCAGCAACAGCAGAGCGCUCACCAACUUAACACGCAAGGCACUGCGACUUAUACAGGAAACAGAGGUCAUCUCCCGUGGAUUCACCCUUUUGUUUGACAGGGUGAGUGCAGCCUGUCCCUUAAACAGGGCGGGACAGCAGAGAAGCCAGCAGCUGAUUGGUCUGAGAAAGGCUGUGUACCGGAGUCUUCGCUGUGCCUUCCGCUCCUCACGCCUGGCCACCUGCAUCAUGCUGAGCACGUUCCCUCUGAAUUCAGAAAUCGAUAAUGUGACUAACUAUGUGUCAACGGUGCCGCUGGGAGAGCUGGGACUGGGGCUUGGCCCGGAGUGUCUGUCUGAUGAACAGAUCCAGGAGAUCACUGAUGACUUUAGUCUACCUGCCCUCAAGAUGUUGUUCCAGUUGUGGGUAGGGCAGAGCUCCGAGUUCUUCCGCCGACUGGUUCUGCUGCUGUCUCCGGCACGGGAGGAUCAAAGCCCCGCCCCUAACCAGUUCACAUACUGCAUCAUUGCCCUGGUCACUGGCUCUCUCCACCACACCCUGGAUGAGUGCCUGGACAACCUGCAGCGCAGCUACGACUUCCACCGCUACUUCCAGGUGGAGCACCAGCCCCAGGGCUCAGAGAGGAGGAGAAAGGCACAGCAGACGUCCCGAGAGCUCAGUACUCUACACACCUCCGUCCGUAGCCUGCAGCUGCACCUCAAAGCCCUUCUUAACGAGGUGAUUAUCUUGGAGGACGAGCUGGAGAAGCUGAUGGUUGCUAAGGAGACAGAGGAGAUGACGCCUGAUAGUUACCAAGAGUUGCAGGAGCACCUGCAGUUGUUGCAGCCCCACAUGCAGGCCAGCACGUGCUGCUGGGACAGCAUGCUGGAGCAGGUCAAGAAGAUCACACACAUCUCCAUCUGCUCAGGUAACCUGAGUAGUCCUGAAAAGGAAGUAGCCACUACUGAUACAGUUUCUCCUACUGUUGUCACUCACAUAGAGGACAAGGACCCUGUCCCUCAGGAGCAGGAACUGGAAGCAUACGCAUCCGACUCUGACACUGAGGCAGACUUGGGGGGUAUGUCAGACCUGCUGUCGCCAUGGGAGCGCGAGCGCCAGCGUCAGGAGAGGGAAGAGUCUCGUCGUGUUCUCCUGGAGCUGAAAUCCGUGUUGGGGUUCAGAGCGUCAGAGGGAGAGAGAGACAAACGCAAACUGCUUCUCUUUAAUGACCAAGCGGCUCUAACUCCGGUUUCCACAGAGGCGACAGAAUCCCACAAAACUCCAGAAAAUCCAGAUCUUACAGAAUCGACGAGCGACCAGGAUCUCCUCUCCAAGCCCCAAAAAGAGGAGGGGCAAGUCAAGGAGAAAGAGAGAGAAUCACAGGAGUAUAUAGAGGAGAGAGGAGGAGGACAAGCGUACGCGGGAGAGACUGAAUUUUGCUGUGGCGAGUCUCUUGGAGAAUCUGCUUCAGAUGACGCGGAGUGUCAAACAGAAGGGGAAGCUCAGCUCUACCAGUCAGACGGAUUAAUGAGCAUGGGGUCAACAAGGACAGAGUCGCAGCUCCUCACACACAGCGUCCCUAAGCUCUCAGUAAUAGAUAGACUGACAGAACUGCAUGGCUCCGCAGCUCUUAGUUUUAGCUCUGCCUUAGCGGCCCAGGUGGCUGCACAUUCGCACUCCUUCACACAACUGUGUGAACACACUUAUGGAGAUUCAGAGGAAGAGGAAGAGGGGGAGAAAGAGGAGGAGGAAGAGAAUGUCGCGUUAGAGUCUCGGAAGCUGACCCAAGAGGGGAACUGA